AUGUCGCAGAGUCAAUUGUUAACGGAGUUGGCUAAAGUACCGUGGAAUGGUAACCCGAAGGAAUACACGGACCGGUUUGCAGCUGUAGCGGAGCGUGGUUUGGGUUUUGCCCCGGACGAACUCGCGGACUAUUACUGCACCGGGCUUCCAACAGACCUCCAUCUUCUAAUAACCAAUAACGGACAAGUGAAAUACCAGUCGUGGGAACAAGCGGCGACCGCCGCAACACGGCUCUACGAGCCCAAGCAAAGUGUGCUGGAACUCCGAGAAAGGACCAGUCGAGCCAUUACCGCUGCCGUCCAAGCUAAUGGACCCCGUGGGCGCCAGGAAAUUGAAAACUGCCCUGGGGGAACUCACGCGAACUGCUUUGAGUGCCAGGGGUCGCGGACAUCCGGCACGUGUCUGCCCCGGCAAAGGGGAACGUACCAGACGUCCGGGGGGAAUAUGCAAUGUGGGACACUAUGCUCGGGACUGUCCUACAUCCUGAGUGAAGAGACUCCGGAAGCGACGACGGAUAGCAGCAGGAAGUCUGCAGAGGCAACAGAAGAUGGCUAUAGGUCAGACGCGACAGAGAUUGUGCCACACUGGUGGAGGGAGACUUGCACGAAAGAGUCUUACGACCAAGGGGGAGCGUUGUGUUGUGCGGGUGCGACAGCGUCUGACAAACUCCGAACCUAUGUGAAUGACCACUGGUGCGAGUUACCAGUCGUUCGGCCUGGUGAAACAACGCUGCAACGUGAUAGUCCCACCGUCGUCCACCCAAGGACCCCAGCAGAGCAAGCAUAUAAGAUAUUGGCCAAACAAGUGGCGGGGAUGUCAGCCGAUGAGGCAGCUGUAUUCCUACGCGCGCCUCCAAGGAGGUAUAAGUCCCACGCGAAGAGUAAGGCGAAGGCGCGCAUAACGUCUCUCGUUCGUCAGGCGGCAGCUGGCACAAAUGAUCUCAGGACUCCAUUGCACGGUUUGCAUCUCAUACUGGCUUUGCCCGAAGCCGGUUCGGCAGUGCCCCGAAGGCUCUCGGAUGAAUGGCAAGGCGCGCUUUGUUGCGCGUUAAUUGGGAAUCAACCCACGUCCUCCGGCUGGCGUAGUCCUUUGGCCUCAACCGCCUCGGUGGCAGCGGAGAGUGACGAGGAGUCUCCCUGGCCUAUGGCAAAACUAGAGCACACUCUGUUCGACGAAUGGAUAACUUCGCCAGUGGCGCAGGAUAUUCCAUGUGAGAUUGCCCAGGUGUUGCACGAGUAUCGAGCAGUUUUUCCCGAUGCCUUACCUAAGGGAUUACCGCCGAAGCGCCCUCAUGAUCACCAUAUUCUACUUGUGCCUGGAAAACUUCCAGCGAAAUCUGCAACCUACCGUAUGACCCUAGAUCAGCUCACAUUCCACAAACAGGAGAUAGUUAAAUUAUUGGACAGUGGUUGGAUCGGACCGACCUAUUCGCCUAUUUGCUCUCCUAUGACCAUGGUGGACAAACGUGAUGAUGGCUCGGGGGAGCGGAAGAUGCGUAUGGUUGUCAAUUACCAGGCUCUAAAUGCCCUUACGAUAGCCCCUGAUUUUCCACUACCUCCCAUUCAAACCAUUCUGGAGAUGCUGGCGGCGACAAGUAUUUUUCCACCUUGGAUCUUGAAGCAGGCUUCCAUCAGAUACGCCAAUAUCAAUGCCUAUCUACAGCCUUUAUUGGGACAGGGCAUUGUUGCGUACCUAGAUGAUGUACUUAUCUAUAGUUCCGAUCUGUCUGGGCACGUUCCUCUCCUGCGACAAGUCCUCAGCAUUUUUCUUAGACACCAGUUCUACCCAAAAUUCCGCAAAUGCAAGUUUGCAAGGCAAACAAUUACAUAUUUGGGUUAUACAAUUUCUGCUGCGGGGAUCAAACCUGCAGAAGAUAAAAUCGCAGCCACCCGGCAUUGGCCAGAGGUGCUGGAGAACGAAACGCAAGUGCGCCCGUUCCUCUGUACCAUAAAUUACUAUCGCAUAUUCAUGGGACCGGACUAUGCAGACGUUGCCCGGCCGCUGGUUCUUCUUACGCGUAAAGACGUCAGUUUCGAAUGGACAGAGCUUCACACGCAAGCGGUGCGGCAGCUCAAACAGCGCUUAAUCAACUUCACUACAUUACAAGUCCCUGACACGACGAAACCCUUCGAGUUAUACACAGAUGCCUCUGGCUAUGCGAUCAAAGCAGUUGUCGAACAAGACGGCAAACCCAUCGGCUUCCUCAGCCAAGUCAUGAACCCCUCGAUCUACGAUCAGGAACUCUUGGCGUUGGUCAUGGCACUGAACAAAUGGUCGCACUUGUUCCGUGUCUCCAAGGUAACGGCUUACACUGAUCAUCAAGCUCUCACUCAUCUCCAACGACUCCAAGCAUCGAAGCCUCUGCGCGGACGCACCGCGCGGUGGCUAGACUUUCUUGCGAAGUUCCCAGAUUUGCACAUCACCCGGCCAUCGAGGCCAGAAGAAGCCUUUGCGGCUCUCAGCAAGCACUACUACUGGCCAGGAAUGCGCGCCUACACUACUGCUUAUGUUGAGUCAUGCACUCACUCUCGAGCGUCAGAGUCCCUUAAAGAGAAGCCUGCAGGCCUUCUUCAGCAGCUACCCGUCUCUUCUCGUCGAUGGGCGCACGUAAGUCUCGACUUUAUCACAGAUAUUCCCCUUACAACGACAGGGCACGACUCGAUUCUUGUCAUGGACCACUCCAACAGCAAGAUGGCUCAUUUCGUUCCUGCAAAGAAAUCAUUCAUAGCAGCAGACACCGUGGAGCUUCUCGCAGACCGCCUUAUCCGCUAUCACGGUUUUCCAGAGGUGCUCAUAUCGGAUCGCGACCCCCGUUUCCAGUCGGAUCUUUAG